AUGAUCCUACUGAGGAUCAGAAGACAACUACACGAAAUCCUAGAGACCCAGUUUGGGUUUAGGAAGGAUAAAGCUACAAGGAAUGCUAUAUUUGUCAUGGGAAUACUUGCCGAGACAGUCAUCCAGCACCAGCAAAACAUCUAUCUGGUUUUCAUUGAUUAUCAAAAAGCUUUUGAUAAGGAGAUCAGUGGUUGCAAGAUCAACAACCUUCGUUAUGUAGAUGAUAUAGUUCUCAUGGCCACAUCUGCAAAUAACCUCAAAGAAAGUUCUUAUGUUGUGGAAGACAGCAAACACCUUGGUCUCUAUGUUAACAGCAAGAAAACAAAAUAUAUGGUAAGUCGGAGGUCCAUCUGGUUGGGUGAUGAAGGUGAAGUGGAGAUCAACGGCUCCCCAGUUAGCUAA